GGCUGCUCACUCGCUCCAAGCCAUAGCGCGCUGCCGCACGCGUUCGAAAGUCGCCAACAGCACUGCUUUCUAUCAACCAACAUUUCAAAUUCCGAACGGAUUUAAAAAAAGAACGCCACUUACAAACACGUAAUCGGAACAGUGACAUUUGAGAUUAAAAAACAGAACUGUCAGAAAUUUAAAAAGUGCAAAACAUAACGGCAACGAAAGUGAGCAUUUGGAGUGCAUGGCAUACUAACAAGUGUUUUAUGUGAGAAAAGUAUACAGUGGAUUAGUUUUAUUUCCAUGUUGGAUGCUGCGGAAGUAACAAUGGGUCCAAGAAAACUGUCAAGACUGCGCGCCCGCGCCCCCCACCAUGGGCCAAGAGCAGUCGUACGCCGGCGCCGCUAGCGCAAGCUACCGCGAACGCUACCCCGACUACCGGCCGCCUACAGACCUCGCCUACGACGACUACAAGCGACACAAGGCCCGCCGCAGCGCUGAAAGCUUCAAGAGCGACAUCUCCUCAACAGAGAGCAGCGGCUACAGAAGCAGCUCCAGCGCCUACGAGUGCCAAUCCAACAGAUCCUCCAAGAGCGACUAUUACUGCACCUCGCUCUACAAAAACGACCACUACAAAGACAUCAACAAAGAACUAUACAAACCCGUCAAGAUCAAAGAUAAAAGAUACAAGCUGCAGCUCCUAGACAUAGAAAAGGAUGAGCUAAAAAGCGCUCGACUCAAAAGUUACUUAAGUGAUACAGAAAAGGCGCAACUGAAAGCCCCAGCCCCCAAAAAGGCGGGCAUCAGGAAUUACACGCCCAAAAUCCUGACGGAGGAGGAUCAAAGAAAAAAAGAUUGGAUAUAACGAUAAUAAGACUAGUAGGAUAGGUUGUAAAUAUUAGUUUAGCAGUAGAUGAGUGUAAAGGGCGAAAAUGGAGGCGGCUGGCGCGCUGGCGAGCUUGGCUCCGUCGCCCAUCACCGUGCUGGGUCUGAUACCACUCCUGGCACUAGGAAUUACGUAUUUCAGAUACCAGCAAUACGAUCCGGAGUCUUACAUAUCGGAUGUCAAUGCUAUAAUGCCGAUCUACGAUUUUGUUGUCGUCGGCGGCGGCUCGGCCGGCGCGGUGGUCGCGUCGCGGCUCUCGGAGAUCGGUAACUGGACAGUGCUGCUGCUGGAGGCCGGCCAGGACGAGAACGAGAUCUCCGACAUCCCCGCGCUGGCCGGCUACACACAGCUCUCAGAGAUGGACUGGCAGUACCAGACCACGCCGUCCAACAACCGCUCCUACUGCCUCGCCAUGAACGGAGACCGCUGCAACUGGCCCAGAGGCAAGGUCCUCGGCGGGUGCAGCGUCCUCAACGCCAUGGUCUACGUCAGAGGCAACCGGAACGACUACGAUCUAUGGGAGGCACUAGGAAACCCCGGCUGGGCGUACGACCAAGUACUACCCUACUUCCUCAAGUCCGAAGACAACCGAAACCCGUAUCUGGUCAACACCCCGUACCACAGCGCUGGAGGAUAUCUAACCGUCCAAGAAGCUCCCUGGCGGACCCCGCUGUCGGUCGCCUUCAUUAAAGCCGGCAUGGAACUCGGCUACGAGAACCGCGACAUAAAUGGAGCGAAACAGACCGGUUUCAUGCUGACGCAGGCGACGAUGCGACGCGGCAGCCGGUGCAGCACUGCCAAGGCCUUCCUUAGACCUGUCCGGCAAAGGGAAAACCUUCACAUCGCGCUUGGAGCUCAAGUAACCAGGAUAUUAAUAAACCCGGUAAAGAAACAAGCUUACGGCGUUGAAUUUGUGAGAAACGGACAAAAACAAAAGGUCCGGAUUAAAAGGGAGGUGAUCAUGUCAGCCGGGGCUUUGGCUAGUCCGAAGAUCAUGAUGCUGAGUGGAAUAGGCCCAGCGGACCAUUUGAGGGAACACGGAAUUCCUGUAGUCGCGAAUUUAAAAGUGGGCCACAACUUGCAGGACCACGUCGGCCUGGGCGGUCUCACUUUCGUUGUAAACAAACCGGUCACGUUUAAAAAAGACCGCUUUCAAACGUUCGCCGUUGCAAUGAACUACAUUUUAUACGAAAAGGGGCCCAUGACAACUCAAGGCGUAGAAGGUCUGGCUUUUGUAAAUACGAAAUACGCUCCACCAUCAGGCAACUGGCCCGACAUCCAGUUUCAUUUUGCGCCCAGUUCAGUCAACUCGGACGGUGGUGAGCAGAUCAGGAAGAUUUUGAACCUCCGAGACCGAGUUUACAACUCCGUGUACCAGCCAAUAGAAAACGCCGAAACAUGGACUAUCCUGCCCUUGCUGCUGCGGCCUAAGAGUUCUGGUUGGGUGAAGCUGCGAAGCCGGAAUCCGUUCCACGCGCCAUCGAUAGAGCCGAAUUACUUCGCGUAUAAAGAGGACUUGAAGGUUCUGACCGAGGGCAUAAAAAUAGCGAUGGCGAUAUCGAACACGACUGCUUUUCAAAGGUACGGGUCCAGGCCUCACAACCUUCCGAUGCCGGGUUGCCAACACCUGCCACUGUUCAGCGAUGAGUACUGGGAGUGCAGUUUGAAGCACUUCACUUUUACCAUUUACCACCCGACGGGAACUUGCAAGAUGGGCCCCAAGCAUGAUCAGGAUGCAGUAGUAGACCCAAGACUGCGGGUGCAUGGUGUGGCAAACCUCAGGGUUGUGGACGCAAGCAUCAUGCCCACCAUCAUCAGUGGGAAUCCCAACGCUCCGGUCAUCAUGAUCGCGGAAAAGGCUUCGGACAUGAUCAAAGAGGAUUGGCUUGUGUUAUGACAGUGUUUCAUAUUUAUAGCAUUAACGAAUGAGAAUAAUAAAUUUGGAAAUUAACUAAUACCUACACUUUGGGAAAUUUUACAAAAUAAUAACUAGAUGCGGUGAUAUUAGACUGUGUAAGUGCGUCUGUGUUCCUUUUUGUACUCGCAAGGAAUACUAUUUUGAACAGACAGUAUAUUACAUAAU